AGCUUGAGCCCAAACCCAAUCUCCUUCUUCCUUCAAGUCCCUACUUCCUAGUCCUAGGGUUCUAACUGUUUCACUCAUUUUCCUCUUUCCCUUGUUUAAGGCUGUCGAAUUAAGUAAGAAGCGGAAGAUGGCUGCAAGCUUAGCUUCCAGAUGCUCCAGGGUGGGACGUUCAUUGAUGGAUGGCCUUCGAAACAACUUCUCUAAUUUACCAAGCACAUCAAGAGAGACAACAUGUGGCAGUUUCCUGUAUCAGAUCAAGUUCCCCAAAUCUCCGGGAAUAGACAAGCCUGUGGGAACAGCUUUGACAAGCAACAAAGGACUUUCAUACAGAUGAGAACUGUUCUAAAAGUAGUGGACAACUCAGGGGCAAAAAAGGUGAUGUGUAUACAAGCAUUGAAGGGGAAGAAAGGGGCAAGAUUGGGAGACACCAUAAUUGCAUCUGUAAAGGAAGCCAUGCCUAACGGAAAGGUGAAGAAAGGAAAGGUGGUAUAUGGUGUGGUUGUGCGUGCUGCCAUGCAGCGGGGUCGUUGUGAUGGGAGUGAGGUCAAGUUCGAUGACAAUGCAGUUGUUCUUGUUGACAAGCAAGGCCAGCCAAUAGGGACCAGAGUUUUUGGGCCAGUUCCUCAUGAGCUGAGGCAGAAAAAGCAUGUCAAGAUCCUCACUUUGGCAGAGCACAUUGCCUGAGGCAUGGAUCCAUCAUAUUUUUUCCCCCGAACAUGACUUUUUUUAGCAAUCCAAGCAUUUAGAUAUUUUCAUGUUGUCCCAAUAGCAGGAAAAAAAAUGGGAAGAGGGAAGAACUAAUCUGUUGUUUCUAUCACAAUCCUGAGCAAUGAUUAGUAGAUGUUUGCCUUA